AUGGCAUUUAGUUUCCCCGUGAGAGCUCAGUCAGUUCGAAGUUCAGCAUUUGAUGCUGGGAGAAUAACCAAAGAACGUCAGCCCCACAUAAACAACAAAAAUGAUCAGACCACCGUCACGUUGGUGUACCAAACCAAUAUAGUAGGCUAUUGGCGUUGCGUUACGAUUUUGUGGUGCAAGAACCUCAUGAAUCAUUGUCUCAACAUUAUGAGCAAUAGUACGGAAGGAGAUUUUCAAUAUUCAUGCAAGAUUGAUAUUAAGCCUUGGCAUUUCUGGAGCAAAAAAGGGUACAAAUCCUUUGAGGUUGAAGGAAGCCAAGUAGAUGUCUACUGGGAUCUUCGUUCGGCUAAAUUUACUACUGCCUCUGAACCAGUAGCAGAUUAUUUUGUUGCUCUAGUUGCUGAUGAAGAGGUGGUGUUGUUGUUGGGAGAUUACAAGAAAAAAGCAUACAAGAGAACGAAAUCAAGACCAGCCUUUGUAGAACCUCUCCUAAUUUACAAGAAGGAAAAUGUGUUCGCCAAGAAGAGUUUUGCGACCAGAGCUAGAUUUGAUGAAAGAAGAAAAGAACAUGAGAUUGUUGUGGAGAGUUCAACAACUGGAUUAAAAGACCCUGAAAUGUGGAUUAGCAUGGAUGGUGUUGUGUUGGUUCACGUUAGGAAUUUGCAGUGGAAAUUCAGAGGUAACCAGACUGUUUUGGUAGAUAGGCAGCCGGUGCAAGUGCUGUGGGAUGUGCAUGACUGGUUGUUUAGCAGCCCUGGAACAGGCCAUGGCCUGUUUAUAUUCAAGCCGAUAGCAGGCGAAGCAGACAGUGACAAAGAGGGUAGUAGCCACGGAGGAGACAGCGAUACCAGCACCGGAACCAGGUAUUAUUCUACAAGAAGCCCCAGCAGGACAUCAGAAUUCAGUCUGUUUCUUUAUGCAUGGAAGAUUGAGUGA